AUGGCAUCUCGUAAGGUGCUCCUUUGCCUUGCGCUUGCGCUCGCGGUGCUUGCGGUGGCGGCGCCGCCCGCCUUCGGCGCUGACGCGAACGUCCUGGGAGAUGAGAAACGCACAUUGUCUCAAAUUCAUGUUUACCAUGGUUCACGUGCAUCCGUCGCUUACAACACAAUGCAGCUUCCCGCCCGUUCUCUCAAACGAUCUUUGUACGCACUGGGAACGAAAUUUGUUCAACGCGUCGCCGCCAAGUCGCCCGGCAAGUGGCACGACGGCGACGACAACGACUGGUACCAUCAUUCGCCAUCCAAGUCUCCUUCCCAGUCGCCCAGUAAGUCGCCGAGCCAGUCUCCUGGCAAGUGGCACGACUCCUCCGACGAUGACAAGUGGCGCCGCUCGCUGUCGCCCAAGUCGCCGUCGCCCAAGUCGCCGUCGCCCAAGUCGCCGUCGCCCAAGUCGCCGUCGCCCAAGUCGCCGUCGCCUAAGUCUUCGUCACACAGGUGGCCCUCUAAGUCUCUGUUGCCCAAGUCGCCGUCCCCCAAGUCUCCGAGCAAGUCGCCUGGGAGUAAGUACGACAACGACCACCCCUGGAAGUCGCCGUCCAAGUCGCCUGUGUGGGGCAAGUCGUCGUCCAAGUCGCCCGUGUGGGGCAAGUUGCUUGGCAAGUACCACAACGACCACAACGACAACCACCACGACGAUCAUUACGACGAUCAGUACGAGCGCCACUACAGCGCCGGAAUGCCCAGCUGGCAGCACCGCUAA